GGGCGCUAUAUAAACGAUACCGAAGGCCGCAUGAACCACUCAUUCAUUUAGGUAUCGUGAGUGCAACACCUAAUGAUGGAUAUUAAACACGGUGGUGCUUUUAUCGUAGCGGCCCUGGCUCUAAUUUUACAGGUUUCUGGAGUUUUUGGUUUCACGUCAGAGUCAGAAAGAAGUUUGUUCUCUAGAGCCGUGGAGACUACGGAUUUCGGCCCCGUCACUCAAAAAAUUAGUCAACUCAUAUGGAAGGAUGCAGCGGCCUGUCCAAUUGCAGCGGCUUUCGCUCAAAUCCGGCGUUUGAAUAGCGAGAAAGCAGUUGAAAACGCACUGACCAAAGCUCUGAGUCUUGACCCGUCGAUCGUCGUGAAAGCCAAAGCAGACGGUGUGAGGGAUGUGAUCUGCGAAGCUUCUCAAAAGUUCCGGACACAGCUCAACGCGGCCGUGUCUUUUGCGAAGAGCACUGCCGAAGAGCCAAGACCUGAAUUCACGGAAAUCGUGGACAACCCAUGGAUUAACGAUGAGCAUUACGAGGACGCUAUAAAAAAUCUCAAGAAAGGUUACUCACAGGUACAGUAUGACGUUUUUCAAAUAUAACUCGCAGCUUAGCGG